AUGGAAGUAGUGGAGCGUAUGAAAGGUAAACGAAUAAUCAAGCCUAUCGUUUAUGGAAAUACUGCAACACCGUUUGGCUACAAACGUGAAUCGGAUCAGCAUACCCAUCAGUGGACGGUUUUUUUAAAGAUGUUCAAUGACGAUAAUCCAUCGGAUUUCAUUCGAAAAGUUCAGUUUAAGCUUCAUGACAGCUACGCUGUUAAUACAAGAGUUUGCGACAAACCUCCUUACGAAGUUACAGAGACUGGAUGGGGAGAGUUCGAAGUUCAGAUGCGAAUAUAUUUUGUUGACGUCAACGAGAAGCCGGUCAGUUUCGUUUUAUUUUAG